GUAGCAGUGGAAUAGCGCCUUUGGGAACAGUGUUUACUGUUUACAUUGUAGAUAUGGUUAAGUUUAUAUAUGGAAAAAGAGAUAAUAAUCAAGAUUUCAGAAUUCUAUCUAGUAUCUACACAAAGUAUGAACUAUGAACUAUUUUCAUCCUAUUCUAUUAUAGUUUAUACUGUAUACAGUUAAAACUUAACAAUUUGGACGUUACAAUAAAAACGCUCUUCAUUAAAUUAUAGUUACUCUUUUACAUAAGUACUUAAAAUGUUAUUACUGUAUUGCAACUUUAGUUAGACAUUUAAAUUUUAAAAUAUUUGUUUUAAUGGCUAAGUACUUUUAGAUGUUUAAAUCUUGUAACUAAAUAAAAAACAAUGGGUAAAUCCCAUAAAAAACAUAAGAAACAUAAACGUUCUAAAGAUACUAAUUAUCCAACACCAAUUGUUCCACUGAAGAAUUCUUUACCUCUGGAACAAGAUCAAAUAUUGGAUGAGAAAGAAAAAAAAAAUGCAAUUGGUCCUAUAAUACCUUCUUGUUUAUUAAAUUGUAAUACAAAAAAUUUAAAUGACGCUCCAAAUGUUCAAGAUAAUGAAUACGGCCCAAAGUUACCACCACAUUUAGUACAAAAAAAAGUUGUGCCUGGACCGUCUCUACCUCCAGGCUUUGAAAUUCCAGAAAACAUAGAAUUAAAUGAUGACACUGCUGGUAUAGGUCCUUUGCCAGACAAUUUAAUUGUCUCAGAUUCUGAGCAAAUAUUCAUUCAAAAACAAUUGGAAUUGAGGGCUGAAUAUAUGAAAAGAAAAUUUGCAGGGGAAGUGCAUGAGGAUAAGACUGUUUCAGCUAGAGAAAUGUGGAUGUUAGAAUUACCUCCUGAAAAAGCUGCUAAUAUUGGACUAGGUGCAAGACAAUUUCGUAAACGUGAAGGCCCUGAUAUGAGUAAUCGAUCAGAAUGGACAGAAACGCCACAUGACAAGCAGAAAAAAGUAGAUAAGCCAAAUUUCGAUGAAACAUCUAAUAUGAUGGCUCUAAAACAAAUUUCAAUUCAAAAACGUGACCAACAAAUGGAAAAAUUAGCAGAAAAUUCUGAAAAAAGAAAACCAUAUUCUUUAGUUGAAAUGCACCAAGAAAAAUUAAAAAAGGAAAAAAAGGAAAAAAGUAAAGAAAAGUCACCACAAGAAAGAAGACCAUUUAGUAGAGAAAUUGAUUUACAAUCAAAUCGAUUUGAUAAUGCACAGAAACAGUCUAUACUGAAAAAAGCUAGUCUUCUAGAUAGUAGAUUUUCACAAGGAGAAUCACGUUUCUUAUGAGUUUAAAUUCAGAUAGACAAUCAUUUAUCUUUAGACAGAAACCAAUAUCCUUUCGCUUUGGGAAAAUAUUAAGUUCUCAUUAAAAAUAGUUCAUUAAAUUAUACUUGAAACGCCUUGACUUUCGUUUUAUAUAUUAUCUUAUAAUAAAUAUAGGUAGCGUAAGUAAUUUUAUAAACACUAUUAUUUUUAUAAAAUACUUAAGUAUUUUAUGUUUGUAUCAGAGCUUAUUUUGACCAGUAGGCUGAAAUGUGAGUUUACACAUAUGUUAAACUGCACAAACUAAUUAAUGGUAUUUUUGCAUAAAUAAACAGAGUAAAUUGUUUUGGA